AUGGAUCUUUAUGAGCAGCUGCCCAGCAGUCAGUUGGUUUUUGACGCGCAGUUCCAGUUCUUGCUGGAAUGCUCGCAGCAGCAAGGCGUGUCCGUGCUGGACUUUCUCACGCUCUCGCCACAGCAACUAGUGAAGAUGCUCAAUAGGUCCGUCAGUGAAAUAUCGAAGUUCCAGGAACUGUUACGAGAGGAGUUCCGCGCGGAAGUCUUCCAGGCAAACCCCAUUCUUCCGGCAUCUGCUCUAAAGAAAGUACAGUGUUUUACCACAGGUGACGUGGGAAUCGAUGCUCUUUUAAAUGGUGGUAUUUACACGCAUGGCAUUACGGAGGUGUUUGGAGAAAGCUCCUCUGGCAAGUCGCAGUUCCUGAUGCAACUAUCCCUGGCGGUGCAGCUGCCUCUCGAACUCGAUGGCUCUGCAGGUCAGUGUGUAUUCAUAACAACUGAAUCGGAUCUCCCGACCAAGCGCAUAGAAAGCAUGAUCAAGUCCCGUGAGAUCUUUUCUGCGGGCAGGGUCUCGCAGAGUAACAUAUUCACCGCUACCUGCAAUGAUUGGACGUCUCAGAACCACAUUCUGAGUGUACAACUGCCAAUCUUGCUUGAACGAAAUCCAAACAUCCGGCUAGUUAUAAUAGACUCUAUAUCGCAUCAUUUGCGGGUCGAAUUGGCAGCGAAGACAUUCCAGCAGUCUCUGGAUAACCGCUCACUGAUAGACCAGAUGGCGCAGAAUCUGCUUCACCUUUCCCAGAAGCAUGCGGUGGCAGUGGUGGUCGCCAAUCAGGUGGGAGAUAAGCCCAUACCAGACCUGCCUUUGAAACAGACCAUAAUGGACUACGAUUACCAGCUCGGGUUCAUGAUCGGCUGGAAAGAUUCAAGCAUCUACUAUAGGCAUUUAAGAAGUGCCGGAGUAUUCGAUGAAGAGGUGCUAACGGAUGAUGAUGACUACCAGAAGGUUGUUUCCACCCAUGAAAGAAUGAUUCUACGGAAAAGUCAACAGCAGCAACAGGAACGACAACAGCAACAGCAACAGCAACAACAACAGAAGGCCCAGGAAUACCAGGAACCCAGUGAUGAAUCUUUACAAACUCAGCUAAAAUUAGGUGAGUCAUCAUCGUCCCCAGGCGCUACCGUGUAUGCCUCGAAAAGUUUUCCAGAUGCCAAUACCCAACUAUCGACAAUUUCGCCCCAGCCCAGCUUAAAGAAGGCUAAUCACAUUAAUAGCAGCCUAGGUUAUACUGUGAAUACUACACCCAGCCCUGUGAUACGGAAAAAGAAGCGUGUCGACACGAAAACUCCGAACCUCGGUCUAACGUGGGCUAAUCAUCUCUCGACGAGAAUAAAACUCUCAAAAACUCACAUAGCAUCGCAACUGAUAGAAGAGCAAGAUCUGGAUUACGAUUCCAUUGUCGAUUCUACAAGUUUAUGGCAAGUGAAAAGAUCACUAAAGGUAGUAUUCUCUACGCAUGCUGAUCAGGGACUAAUAGAGUACUUCAUUCGCAAUGAGGGCUUAGUAACUAAAAAGGAGAAAAGCGGUUAA